AUGGCUAGCGCCUUGGCGCAUCGAUUAUUCACGCGGGGUCACGUUAAAUAUGCACGCUUCCAUGGGAGUCGGAGCUCGUCCGGGAAUGGCUUCUUUGCCAGGGGACGAGUUUCACAGUUGACUGUCUCUCCGACUAUGCGUCUUUCCAUAGCCCUUGCUACCACCAAUAUGCCAACGAGGGUCGUUCCUAUCUCUAGUGAGUCAGAGGACGUGUUAUUCCGGAAGAGUACUACAUCACAAGGAACUGAGAUCAUUGAGAUCCAUACAUAUGAGACAACGGACUCUGUAAACGUGUUAAAAGUCAUACAAUAAUAAAUUUGGAGUCAUUUUAAAGUUUGAAGUCUCUGAACUUUUACCUACUGAAGCCUUAAUUGUUCAUUUUGUCCUAGAUUAUAUAAAACGAAAUAACAACGAAAAUGUUAUGAUUUCUUGA